AUGAACUUCUGCACUACCCGCCCACCCAACAGCCACAACCUGCGUGACGACGUCAUUGGCAAUGUCAAUCAGCGGACUAUAGCGAACCACGCUUCAAAUCCUCACGGCGAUCUUGUACGCCCACGUUCUGCCGAAGAGAAGACAUUAACAAAGCGAAAGUGCGAAUCUGCGAUCGACAUUUCCAGCUUCAAGUCUGCUCGUCGUGAGGGUGAAGCCUUCAGCUCCCAGGCAGAAGAUUUGGUCAUGUUGAUUCUAGAAGAUCAAGCCAAACAACGCAAGCUCCGUCGUGAUCGCCAACGAGGCUACAGACAAAGACAAAACGACUUGAUGGUUUGUCUCCAGAAAGAAACACUCCAGCUACAAAAUGAAAUUCAAGAUCUGGAAGAGCGUCGUAGCGCAAUUAUUGCCGCCACGCCGACGAAAGAGAAUCUAUGGGGCGUAGUGGUCGAGUAUUUCCGCGUCUUUCGCUUUGGUGUACGGGGUACAAUCUCCAAUUCCUUGGAGACAAACGCGCAACUAAACUUCUUGGAAAGAACGAUGACUCUCGACGUGCAGUCUAACACUGGAUAUGGACCGAGUGAACUGAUAGCGACCUGGAGACGGUUCUCCACGUCGCUUCAAGGUGUCGAAAUCGAGCUGCAGAAUCUAAAAAGAGACUCUAUAAACGCCGUGGUCGCUACGAUUGCAACCAAUUUCACCAUCACGGAGCACGUUGUGCAAAAAUUGUUCCCACGUUUGAGCGGAAAGAGGUCCUCUUUGCUGACGAAGAAACUUCUACAUCAAGAGGUUGUAAUGCUCGGAACGGUGCGGUUUGUCUGGGAUAGAACAUGUGGUCGCAUUACGAGUGUUUUGAGUCGGUCCGAUAUGGUGACGCCGAUGCUUGAGCUCGUGGGAAACGUGGAGGAACUAGCUCGAGUAUUUGAAUACGCGCGUGUUUUAGCCUAA